AUGAUGCUGCGAGGCAUGGGGUUUGACAAUACAACCUUCCUCUAUGUUGCCUCCGGUAAAAUAUACAAUGCUGCAAAAUACAUGGCUCCCCUUCGCCAGAUGUUCCCUCUUUUACAAACCAAGGACACUCUUGCAUUGUCUGAAGAGCUUGCUGAGUUUGAGGGGUACUCUUCUCGGUUAGCAGCAUUAGAUUACACCGUCUGUGUUCAGAGCGAAGUGUUUGUGACGACUCAAGGGUGGAACUUCCCUCACUUUUUGAUGGGACACAGGCGUUACCUAUUAGGAGGGAAUGCAAAGACAAUAAAACGUGACAAACGGAAGCUGGUCUUAUCUUUUGACGACCCAAAUAUCAGGUGGAGUCGAUUCAAGCACCACAUGCUGGAAAUACUGCACCAUAGUGACAUAAGGGGCAUCACAUUCAGGAAACCUAAUGAUUCCAUAUACACCUUCCCAAUGCCUGAUUGCAUGUGCCAACAAGAUGGAAUAUGA